AAUAAAUACGGAAGGGAAGAAGAUUCUCUCUCUCUCUUGCCGAAGUCGCAGGCUCGUCAUCAGAACGCGCUAAGCCUUGAAGCAAGCCAUCUCUCUCGUUCUCGCUGAACAACACUCAGUGAGAGAGAGAGAGAGAGAGAGAGAGAGAGAGUGGGUUUAUGCAGAUGAUCUCCAAAGCUUCAUCUUCCAUGCCGUCGAUUCCUUCUUGUUCUAGGAUUGGGGGUCAAUUCUGCGUGUGGCCGAGCUCGAGACAAUUCUGCAUCAGAAAAAGUCUUUUGUAUGGAGUAAUGUGGCUGCUGUCCAUGCCAUUGAAAACCUUACGUGGAGCCAGACGAACCCUUAAAGUUGGACAUUUUUGCAGCAUCUCUAGCUUGACCUCAUUAAAAAUCGAAAUAGUGCCUUGCGGAAGAGACAACUAUGCUUAUCUUUUGCAUGAUGAAGAUACUGGUACAGUCGGAGUUGUUGAUCCUUCUGAAGGUGCACCUGUUAUCGAGGCAUUGAGCAGGAAAAACCGAAAUUUGACUUACAUAUUGAAUACUCAUCACCAUGACGAUAACACCGGGGGGAAUACAGAAUUGAAAGCAAGGUAUGGAGCAAAGGUGAUUGGGUCGGUAGUGGAUAAGGAUCGGAUUCCUGGGAUUGACAUUGCCCUUAGCGAUGGCGACCAGUGGAUGUUUGCGGGACAUGAAGUUCGAGUGAUUGAAACUCCUGGCCAUACACAAGGCCAUAUUAGCUUCUACUUUCCCGGGUCAUCUUCGAUAUUCACAGGAGAUCUUAUAUACAGCUUAUCCUGUGGUAAGCUUUCCGAAGGUACCCCUGAGCAGAUGCUUUCGUCGCUCUGUAAGGUAACGUCUUUGCCGGAUGAUACGAGGAUAUACUGCGGUCACGAAAACACAGUGAGCAAUUUGAAGUUCGCACUGUCUGUAGAGCCGAAGAAUGACAUUCUUCAAUCCUAUGCCACCCAAGUCGCCCAUCUUCGCAGCCAGGGCCUCCCUUCGAUUCCGACGAGUGUGAAGGUGGAGAAGGCGUGCAAUCCGUUCCUGAGGAGCCAUAGCAAAGAAAUCAGGAGCUCAUUGCGUAUUCCGGACACUGCGGAUGAAGCCGAGGCUUUGAGAAUCAUCCAUAGAGCCAGAGAUCAUUUCUGAAACUGUGGAUUGGACCCCCUCGUUGUAUAGGAACAUUACAUGUCCCCAGCCUUCAAAAAAGAAAAAAAGCAUUUUUGCUUUAUAAUGUUUUCUUGCUUUUUGAAUCCCAUGUUUAUUCCAAUAAUAAGUGAAUGUGAUUAAUUA